AUGGCUAGUGAGGAGAGUUUCCUAGUUCUGGUACAUUACAGAGGGUCGAUUAAGAGAAAAACUCGGUCCGGCGUGAAGUUCACUGAUAAGGAUCCCCUAUGUAUUAUCGUGACGCCAACAACCACCUACGAUGCUCUUGUUAGCUCUGUGCUGGAGAAGCUUGGUCUUGAAGGAGUUAAAAGGGUCAAGAAGUUUUUCUACCGCAUUCCAACAGCGGUGCUCCAUGACACCGUGAAGUUUGAUUGUUUCACAAUCGGUAGUGACGAGGACUUGCAGGUUAUGUUUCUUUCUCGUAGGCAGUUUCCCGAGGUAAGGACACCAGAGCUGUUGGCAAAGUUGGUUGAUGUGGUAUCUAGCUCGGGUGGUUCGAACCGGAAUGCCAAUACUAUAGUCGCGGUUGCCGGCUCGAGCUCGAGACCUGCUGUUGCUUCAUCCUCUGCUCCUGUGUAUGAGCCACCGAUGCAGCCUGUUGCGUCCCCUUCGUUUGCCGUUGAUCUGAGCGGCAAUGUUGGAGACGAUGUUCGGUAUGGGGAACAUAUUCCCACCGAGGUACAUUGUCCCACACCGGCUGGUGUUGGUGAUGGUUUGUUUGAUGAUCCAGAUGACGAUGAGGUGGAGCCGGAUAUGAUCGCUGAUGAAAGCGGAGAUGAUGUUGGAACUACUGUUCCGACAAGGGCUACAGGUGGAUGUAGUUCUGGCACACAGCAGUAUCCACCCCAUUUUUCCUCAUUGGACCUGGAUGCCAUGCGGCAGGACGACAAUGCUCUGCAGGCCUCAGGAUUUGGUGCUAGAGAUACCGAGGGGUCUGCCGAUAUGAACGAGUUCCAGGUUGGCCAACAGUUUCAGGAUAAAGAUGAGGCGCUGUUGAGUGUGAAGACGUACAGUAUUGACAAACCCCAUUUGUAG